AUGGGGAACUGGGCUGUGAAUGAGGGACUCUCCAUUUUUGUCAUUCUGGUGUGGUUGGGGUUGAAUGUCUUCCUCUUUGUCAACUACUACAAGGUUUAUGAUGAUGGACCUAAGUACUAUUAUACUCGAAAACUCCUCGGGUCAGCACUGGCUCUGGCCAGGGCACCUGCAGCCUUCCUGAAUUUCAACUGCAUGCUGAUCCUGUUACCAGUGUGUCGAAAUCUGCUCUCCUUCCUCAGGGGUUCCAGCGCGUGUUGCUCAACAAGAAUUCGAAGACAACUGGAUCGGAACCUCACUUUCCAUAAAAUGGUGGCAUGGAUGAUAGCGCUUCACACUGCGAUCCACACCAUUGCACAUCUGUUCAAUGUGGAGUGGUGUGUGAAUGCCAGAGUCAACAAUUCUGACCCAUAUUCAGUAGCACUCUCUCAAAUUGGUGACAAGGACAAUGAAGAGUAUCUCAAUUUUGCUAGAGAAAAAAUCAAGAACCCUGAAGGAGGCCUCUACGUGGCCGUGACUCGGUUGGCUGGCAUCACCGGAGUUGUCAUCACACUGUGUCUCAUAUUAAUUAUCACAUCCUCUACGAAAACCAUCCGGAGGUCUUACUUUGAAGUAUUCUGGUAUACACACCAUCUCUUUGUGAUCUUCUUCAUCGGCCUUGCCAUCCAUGGAGCUGAACGAAUUGUACGUGGACAGACUACAGAUAGUUUGAAUGAGCAUGAUAUAAAAUUCUGUGAAGACAAAAUCUCAGAAUGGGGAAAAAUAAAGCAGUGCCCAGUACCCAAGUUCUCUGGAAACCCUCCUAUGACUUGGAAAUGGAUAGUGGGUCCCAUGUUCCUGUAUCUCUGUGAGAGGCUGGUCCGGUUUUGGCGAUCACAACAGAAGGUGGUCAUCACCAAGGUGGUCACUCACCCUUUCAAAACCAUUGAGCUUCAGAUGAAGAAGAAAGGAUUCAAGAUGGAGGUGGGACAGUACAUUUUUGUCAAGUGUCCUAAGGUGUCCAAGCUGGAAUGGCACCCAUUCACCCUGACCUCUGCGCCUGAGGAAGACUUUUUUAGCAUUCAUAUCCGUAUUGUGGGAGACUGGACAGAAGGGCUGUUCAAUGCUUGUGGCUGUGAUAAGCAAGAGUUCCAAGAUGCCUGGAAACUACCUAAGAUAGCAGUUGAUGGGCCCUUUGGCACAGCCAGUGAAGAUGUGUUCAGCUAUGAAGUGGUGAUGCUAGUGGGAGCGGGGAUCGGAGUCACGCCUUUUGCCUCCAUUCUCAAGUCUGUCUGGUACAAAUAUUGCAAUAAUGCCACAAAUCUGAGGCUCAAAAAGAUCUACUUCUACUGGCUGUACAGGGACACACAUGCCUUUGAGUGGUUUGCAGACCUGCUGCAGCUGCUGGAGACCCAAAUGCAGGAAAGGAAUAACGCCGACUUCCUCAGCUACAACAUCUACCUUACUGGCUGGGAUGAUGCUCAGGCUAAUCACUUUGCUGUACACCACGAUGAGGAGAAAGAUGUAAUCACAGGCCUAAAACAAAAGACUCAGUAUGGACGACCCAACUGGGAUAAUGAAUUCAAGACAAUUGCAAGUCAACACCCUAACACCAGAAUAGGAGUUUUCCUCUGUGGUCCUGAAGCCUUGGCUAAAACCCUCAACAAACAAAGCAUCUCCAACUCCGAGUCCGGCCCUCGUGGGGUGCAUUUUAUUUUCAACAAGGAAAACUUCUAACUCGGCUCUUU